AAUUAGCAAGUUGUUGCCUCUGCCUUGACUUAUGGAUACUGCAUACUUUUGAAGAAACCAAAACGAUAGUUUCUAUCUCAGAUCUAUCAAAUAUGGCAGCGGAGGCGGCGAUCUCAUCUUUGGUCGAACUACUGGGCGAUCAGCUCAUCCAGAAGGUUAAAUUCCUGCGAGGCGUCGAGGGGAAGGUGGAGUUGCUGAGAGAGGAGCUGAAGAGAAUGCAAUCCUUUCUCAAAGACGCCAACAAAAAGCAAUUUGAAAAAGAGAGCGUGCGUAAUUGGAUCUCGGAGAUCAGAGAGUUGGCUCAAGAUGCCCAAGAUACCAUCGAGAUCUUCCUUCUCAACGUUGAGAGUGCCAAGAAUUGGAGGCUCUUCAAAAGAUGUACAACCUUCCCGAAGCGUAUGUACCACCUCGACAAAAUUGGAGAUGAGAUUGAGUCGAUCCGAGAUAGGCUUGAUGCCAUUGACAAAAGCCGCGAGAGGUACGGGAUCAAGGAUCUCGGAGAGGCAGCCGAGUCAUCAUCGAGAUCGGAAGUUGAAUUGCGGCGGCGGUUGUGUCCUUGGCAAAAGGACGAACAUCUGGUGGGCGUUGAAGAUGAUGUGAAAAAGCUGCUGAAAGAAUCGAUUCUGUGUGAGGAGAAGAAAGGGCUUUCCAUUGCAGUGCUAGAGGGCAUGGGUGGGAUCGGGAAAUCGACACUUGCCCGGGAAAUAUACAACCACCCCGACGUGGUUGCUGGUCCAUUUGAUCAUCGUUGUUGGGUUGUGGUGUCGAGUGAAUUUACACCACAAGAGACCAUCAAGCAGCUUAUCUUGGAGCUGCCGGGCUCUGACAAACAAAAGGUGCGUGAAUUGGAGGAGUCAACCAAGGACAAGCUGUAUCUACUACAAAAGCUUAAAGAAAUGCUUCAUAAGCAAUUGGAGGGCAAAUCAUAUUUCAUAGUUCUGGAUGAUGUUUGGGAGAAGGAACAUUUGGAUGAUGUUCUGUAA